CCGCUCUUGUUCAGUUGGACGUUUUACGGGAAUGUGCGCCGACGGGAGAUUCUUGCCCGAUGCACGCGCGCAUACGCCACGCUUUUGUGACAGUACAGACGUGUUGUGCAGUGUGUUCAACUCAUAGAGAACAACAAAGACAGUAUUAUCGCAUUCGAUAGUGUACAUCGGUACUGCAGAGUCGUGGUGAGCCGCUGAACAAAAGGCUCGUGUACUGAUUGUAUUCCAGGACGGCUGACUCUUGGAUUAAAUAGUGUCGCUGGUGGCGUAAACUUCAACAUAAAUAAUUAUCCAUCACGGAUUGUUUUAAGUGUGUGCUGGUCGCACGAUUUUAUUGUCGUGGUAGUGAGCCGUUGAUACCCCACUUAAUAGUUGAAUAUUUAUUCGUGGAAUCAAUCGACUCUGUUUCGGUCAUUCAGUGCAAGGGGAAAAAAACCCACACAGACAGAAACAAUAGCAGAAAGCAAAGAAAUAAGACGUACCAGUGACGCCACACUACUUCCUACAUUCGCGGAGUGCGUGGGAGUUCUCGCACUUCAUCUGACGACGUGGGCGUGAGCUUUUGUUCCUUCUGGCGGGGGCUGUGUCUCUUUUCACAGUUCUUCAGAAUUUGUUGCAGCACGCCCCAAGGUUCUAAAUGACCAUACAGUGUUGAUAGGGACAUUAAACUUGUACACCGACAACAACAACUGCAACUGCCUCCAGUCUGCCCUGCUGCUCGCCACAGACAUUUUGCUAUGGCUGGGCGUGGUCGACGAGCCAUCUGGAGACUUCAUGUAAAACUGAGAUAUUGGGGACUCACUGUUUCCUUGGGUAACGUUACCGACUAGGGAACCACUCCCUACUGCGGUUUUUUUAAAGAAACCAUUUUCGAUCUUGCUCAGGUUUUUUGGGGGGAUUGUUUCGAUAUCCGUGUGUUAGACGACUUUGUUUUUUUAUUUGUUGAUUCUGAACAUGGAUGCUACUUGCAGGACUUAAACUUGGAACCCUAUCAGACGCUGCUGUUGUGUAGAUCGAGUGGAGAUAACCCCUUGUUUUUUGUUUGCUAAAUAUGAAAACUUCUAUAGGGGCUUGAACUCGGAACCCUAUCGGACACCACUGUUGUGUGGUAAGAGUGGAGACAACUUCUUGCAUGUUGUUUAUAAAUAUGGACACUUGUACAGGGAUUUGAACUCCGAACCCUGUCGGACACCACUGUUGUGUAGAUAGAGUGCAGAGUGCCGCCUAAUUCUGACCGGUGUUCUGAGUGGAGUGAAAGGCCCAAACAGCAAGCCCGGUGACGCAACGCUCUCUAACAAUGAUGAAGGCGGUGCUGAAAAACGAAGACGUUCCGAAGGAUGGGUCGUCUGGGCGUGGGGCGGGUGGGUCUGUGUCGGGCAGCGCCCGCGGUGGCUCCGCUCCUGGUAACCUGUUGGGCGUGGUCUCUGCCAGUGACGGCACGGCUCGCGGGGCGGACUUCAUCCUUGGAGGAGGAGGUUUCACCUCGCGCCGGCUCGGCCAUAUGGGUCAAGGUCACGGCGGGCGAGGAGGAGAAAGAGGAGGUCAUGGUGGCCAAGGGCAUCAUGAGCAGAGGCGUCAGGUCAAGGCCACUGUGGGCAUGCGUGAGCCAGGCGGGUUCUCCAUCCCGACCUGGAUUGAAGAUCUGUUUGAGAACGCGGAGGAUAUCGCCCCACGAAGGACGAGCCUCCGACCGUUCGUGGAACAUCAGCAGACGACACAUCCGUACCAAGACCACUCCCAGUUGUCCCAGCCAGAAAGGCUAUGAUGAGCUCCAGCACAUUGUCCCCACAUGCCAGCAGCCGGACACCCUGGGCUCACAGAAGAUCAGCAAGGCCACAGUACUGCAGAGAUCCAUCGACUACAUGCAGUUCCUGAGCAACCAGAAGAAGAAGCAGGAAGAGGAGCUGGAGUCCCUCAGAAAAGAGGUCAUGGCCCUCAAGAUCAUGAAGGCGAACUAUGAGCACAUUGUAAAGACCCACCAAAGCGCUCCCUCACAUGGACAGAACCAGGUGUCCGAUGAAGUCAAGUUCCAAGUGUUCCGCAGCACGAUGGACUCGCUGUUCCAGUCCUUCAACCGCUCCAUCUCUGUGGCAAACUUUGCCGAGCUCUCAGCGUGCGUCUUCAGCUGGCUGGAGGAGUACUGUAAGCCUCAGACCCUUCGUGACUUGGUACUUGGAAUCCUGAGACAAGUGAGCUCAACAGUCAACAACCAGUGAGGUCAGAGGUUACACAUAGACAGGGAAAGGACAUUUGCUGAAAACAGCAGAAGACCUACAGUCUUACAAGUCUGAGAUGGAAUGAUUAGCAGACAUGAUGGACAGAAAGUAGUAGAUCACUCAACAGGAGGACAUGAAGAAAAGGGUGAGGACCCGGUAUGGAGCUUCACUGGUGACGAAAAUCGGAAAAAAAAAAAUAAAAUAAUUACAAGGAAAGAAAAAGGCUCAGGUUACUUUCCAUGCACUGAAUAAGAAUGAUUCCUUUAUUGCCCUGUUGAGUUUGGAGCUCUAUGACAUUUUUUCCCUCACAAAACAGUCAUUAAUGUGAAGUUGAAAUGCUGUUAAAUCGGGCUUCUGUAUGGGUCUUGUUAUUUUUCAGGCUUUUACACGUCCAUGUCCCAUAUAUCUCAUCUUUAUGUAUUUCUAGUUUUGUUAAAAGCGGCCGACAGGGUGGAAGCCUGCCUCAUAAAUAAACUAAAUUGUGUCAAUGGGGGUGUAAAACAUCUAUAUUAUUUUUUUUAAAACAACAAAGAACUCCAAAAAAAUCGGCAAUGUAUUCCUUAGACUUUGAUGCCAUCUCUCUCUCUCUCUCUCUCUCUCUCUCUCUCUCUCUCUGUAGUCUUGACCUUGUAUUUUAUUUUUAUUCUUUUACAGUGUAGUGGUCUCUUGCUAAUAUUAUGCCGGGUAAAAGCGUGAUUUGCCAUGUUGGCAGCACGGAACCUAAUUUUUCUCGUAUAGAAUUAUCACUAGUAAUUGUAUGUUCCAAAUUGACAACUUCAUCUAAUAGUGUGAUUGAUUGUUCCUAUGCUAGUGUCAGAAAUGGAUGAGCCAAAAUAAAUGACUUAUUUCACUUGGAAUUGAUGGAUGUGAAGCAAACACCACAUAUCCUUUAUUACUUGAAAUUACAACUUUGCUGGGGAGAAAAAGACGAAGGGAUGUUAUGUGAGACAAUUGAGCAAUAACAAAAGUCAGUGACUGGCCAUGUGUGGAGGACGGACAGUGUAAGGGGGCUAUGAUGUAAUUAUGACUGUCAUUGUCUGUGAUUGCUUAGUGAAGAAAACUUCACACCCUCCACAGAAAAUCAGAUGUGAGUUGGUUUACAACAAUCAAAUAAAUUCGACAGAAUCAUUGCUCCAGAUUACAUCCCUUCAAAAUUCAUUUAAUAGCACGUUCACAUAAAAGCAUGCUUUUCUUGAAACCUAAGUUAUAUAUGCUAUUAGCCAGAGACCAAUGUUCCUCAUGUUAAAUUGCUAUAAUAUUCCACUUUAGUUUUGCCUUGUACCUUCUUGUACCCUUAGAAACAUUUAUUUUUCCAUAUUGUUUAUGUAUGUGCAAUUGUUUAUACGACUUAAUUUCAUGACCUGUGUUGAGGGCACAUUCUGUAUCUGUCCCAGCCUUGUACAGUGUGCAUGUAGCAAACAUGCUUUUUUUUUUUUUCACAACUUGAAUUUGAGAUUGAAAUGUUGUGGUCAAGUGAUGGAGACAAAAAUUUGUUGAUACUGAUCUUGCACUGUGGUAUAGAAGCAUAAUAUUUAAUUGUUUAGACUGUUGGAAGUUUGAUACACAGCUCAAAGUGACUUGUGAAUCAAGUUCAGAGGUAAAAUCACUCAUUAAUUUUGGCUAAUAAGCCUUUAGCACUGUAAUAACUUCUGACAUGUGGCAACAUUAUGUGCCCCAUCAGAGGAGCUUGAACAAUUCCAGGCUUUAUUCUAUGCUGUGACAUUAUCACAAUCAAAUUUGAUACGACCUUACUGUCGAGUACUCGCAUGUGGUUUUCCGGUUAAGUGCUUAGCCUUCACAUGCAGAAGACCUCAGUUCAAUUUCCAUUGGGGAAAUUUUUUUAUUGAGCAUCUCAGUCCUGCUGCUGGGACGUUGUAUCCCUCUCCACCAGGGUUAGUCACCUUCCAAAUAAUCUAAAUUGUGCUGAAGCGGGCGUAAUAAACACCUUCAUUAGAACAAAACGAAACGUGACCAAAAAAGAUAAUCACUAAAAAGUAACAUUGCAUUCAUGACACAACACUUGGAUGUCUGCUAAAUCUGCCAGGGUUUUCAGUUUUUUCUAGGUGUCCUUUGUGUUUCUUGUGCCUGAUGAUUUGCUUCAUCUGACUCUGGGACAGUCCGUUACUUUCUAUCUCUGCAUUUCUUUGAUGGGUGGUCUUCUGCUCUUCUGCUACUUUGUCGUAUUUUGUGUGUACAUGGAAACCAAAUAUUUUUAUAGGGCAGGGGAGGAAGGGAGAUGAUGGGGAGGAGGCACAUCAGGAAUUAUAUCCUGAGUUUUUAAAGUCUUUUUUGUGUGUUUGUUUUUUGGGGGGUUUUGUUUUUGUUUUGUUUUUAAAAUUUAUGUCUAUAUACACAGAAUGUCAUAUUGGAAUAAAUAUUGAGUUCUUCAUUAUUUUUUUUUAAUGCAGCCUGUUAUUCCAUCUUGCCUACUUAACAAAAAUUGUCUUCCUUUUUUGGAAGGCAUUUUUUGGCAUUGCCUUUUUUAUUUGGGGGGGGGGGGGUGUCUUGCACUGAUGGUAACUUUCCCUCGCAGUGUUGUGUUGUUGUGCAGGAGCAGAAAUCUGUAAGAUCUCUGGGCUUUUUUUGCUACCGAAAGAAAAAUAUGAACUAACUUAUUGUCGUUUUUCGCCCCGGUUCCCUUUCUCCGUUCAUGGUUAUAGUAGAGGACAUGUUUAGUUACGAAUGGCAGCUGUUCAGAUUUUUUGUAAGAUAAUGAGAAUAGGGAGGAAAAAAUGGGCUUUACUGUGUGAAUGUGUGUGUAUGUGUGUGCGCACAGGUGUGUGUGUGUGUGAAUGUGUGUGUGCAUGUGUGUGACGCAGUAGGUGUGACAGAGAACAUGACAUACCGGUACUUUGUAAUUUUUAGCUGAAUUGCAUCAGUUGUUGUGCCAUGAAAAUUUUUGUCUUUGUGAGACUAUAAAUAAUAUGUCAUUUGGCAUGUAUCUUGUGGUGUCAUGAUCAUGAUUUUUUUUCUUUUUCUCUUUUCGCGAAAGUGACAACUUUUUAUUUGAGUUCCUGCAAGGAUGUAUCAGACAAAUUGUUGGCGCUGGCUUACAGGUUGAAGCAGCCCGUUUCCUAAAUAAUCUAAACUGGACAGCGGGGUGAGGAAGGGUAGAACAUUGAGAGUCUAUCUCAGGUUCUUUGUGGAAACAAGGUGGUGGAGAUGGCUACACUUUGUAUGUAUCAAAAGUGGAAGAAUUGCAACAGGAAUCAAGUUUCAAUAACUUUUUUUUCAGAUCAAUUCCGAAAAUCUAAUUGCAGCCAUAUCAAUUCCUUAACCUAAGCUAAAAGCAAACAUGUGCUUUUGGAAAAUGUCUUCAUGUGAAUUAUUGGGCUGCAUGGUUUGAAAGUGAUUUUAUAUAAAGCAAAAUUGUCAUUGCUUUCAACUUCAACUAUGUGUGUUCAUUAUUUUGCGUGGUAAUAAAGGUUCUUAUUUAAUUUUUUUGCUUUGAAAUAAAGGAACCUGUACUAAUGUUA